CACGUCGUACACAAGGAGAAGUCCCCCCGCCACCGCCUUGUGGAUCACAGCGCUGCUCACGGGAGAAAGGUCAGAUCCCGGUUCGAAAGGACUGCAGUGAUAUGGAAACACCAGCACAUGGAGAACUCUGUCCAGAUAGCUACGAUUCCUACUGCUUUAAUGGAGGCACCUGCUACAUUCUAAUAUCCACUCCAUUCUGCUGGUGUGACAACAGUUUCAAAGGCAACCGAUGCCAGGAGUUCUUGCUGCCCAGCCAGCAGCCGGAGAGGACCGUCAGCUCGUUGCUGGUCAUUCUCAUUGUGGUGACCCUGCUCGUCGUGUUACUUGCGAUCACAGGCCGAACCUACUGCUACUGCCGGAAGCAGAGGCAGAAGAGGAGGAAGGAGCAGAGCCGGAGUUUGUACCACGUCGUGGCCCGACACAGAAGCAUCGACAUCGGGUAGACAUUCACCUCCGUGGAAGCACGACAGGGGCCGUCGAGCCAAAUAAACAAUAAACUCAUGGCCGAGAUUACUAAAGGACGAGCUGCAGUCUGAAUACACACGGCAUUAAAACGCGCAUACGCACUCACACACACAGCUCCAGUCACCCAGUCAACCAACGCUCCCUGUGGAUCAGAGGGAAUCUCCUCCCUGGACCUUUCCGUUUAAAGCACAGAUCCUCAGAUUGAAGCUAGUCUGAAGAAGGGUUUCGGCCCGAAACGUUGCCUAUUUCCUUCGCUCCAUAGAUGCUGCUGCACCCGCUGAGUUUCUCCAGCAUUUUUGUCUAUCCUCAGAUUCAUCCAUUCAGCAAUCAUUUUUUAAGUCCACCUGGGACGUUCGACUGAAAAUAGCUCAUCUCCAAAGCCGUGGUACAAGAACAAACGCAAGAACGCUUCAAGGAUGGACUGAAUGCCAAGGCUGCAAUAGGAGAUACGAGAGACUGCACACGCUGGAAUUUUGAGCUGAAAAAUAAAAACUCAGCGGGCCGGGUAGCAUCUGUGGAGGAAAAUGGACAAACGACGUUCUCGAUCUGACCCCUCGUCAGACUGAUACAGUCCCUCUAGUAGUUUGUUUUUUUGUCUGUAAAAGGCACUAUCUUUGGUAGACUCCCUACUACAAUCAGUCUGAAGAAGGGUCUGGACCCAACAUGUUACCUAUCCAUUUUCUCCAGAGAUGCUCCCUGACCCGCUGAGUUACUCCAGCAUUUUGUGUCCACCUUUGGUUCCUUGCAGCUCUGCUCCUUCGUUACCCACAGAAUCCGGGCUACGUUAAGGGAACCCUUUCUUUUCCUCUCCCUCCAUCCCUCCCCCUUCCUAGUUCUCCGACCAGUCUGACUGUCCCCGAUUAAAUUUUAUCUCUGUAUGCUUCAUUAUCUCCUUCUC